GCCGGCUACCACUACAUACGCUGCAUGCAUACUUGGAAUAGCAUUGCUUGAAUGCUGACUGUGUCGAUCGCAUUUAAAGACGAUUCACGUCCUUUGAGACAUCCCAUUCCCGAUCCGGCCUGCAACAGAAGCAACACCGUCGACAUCAACCAGGCGCACGAGCAGGAGUGCAUCGUACACCGAACCGCCAGCCACACACGAUAUCGCACAGUACAUCUGCACCAAGACACACGCCACCCCUCUACAAUCCCGCAAUCGCCGCAAUGGCACAAGCAGUGGGCUCCUACACGAACCCGCUCAAGAAGUUCAAGCUGGUCUUCUUGGGCGAACAGUCUGUCGGCAAGACAUCCCUCAUCACGCGCUUCAUGUACGACUCCUUCGACAGUACCUACCAAGCCACAAUAGGAAUCGACUUCCUCUCCAAAACCAUGUACCUCGAGGACCGAACCGUACGCCUGCAGCUCUGGGAUACAGCAGGCCAAGAACGGUUUCGAUCUCUCAUCCCAUCCUAUAUCCGCGACUCGUCCGUAGCUGUUGUUGUUUACGAUAUCACGAGCAAAAAGUCCUUCGAGCAGACGCGGAAAUGGGUGGAUGACGUGAGAGGUGAACGAGGAAGUGAUGUGAUUAUUGUGCUGGUGGGCAACAAGACCGACUUGGGCGAGAAGAGAGAGGUCACGGCGCAGCAGGGAGAGGAAGAGAGUAAGAGAUUGGGAUGCAUGUUCGUGGAGACGAGCGCGAAGGUGGGGCACAACGUAAAAGGGCUGUUCAAGAAGAUCGCUCAGGCCCUACCUGGAAUGGAGGGAGAAGGUCAACAAGGGCCCGCGAACACCAUCGAUGUGAAUGUCAACGCGGCAAAGCCUGAGAGCGAAGGUGGUUGCAACUGCUAGGCGACGAAUUGCUAUCAAUGUACAGAGUGAUUAGUCAGAAUUUGAUCAGAAGUGAUUGUGCGGUAUGAUCAGGUAAUGCAGCAUGGCGCUCGAGGCGCUUGAGUCUGAUACGCCCAAAAUGAAGGAGAUUUUGUACUUACGGUGCGGCAUAGCUGCGAAUGAAACUGAUUCGUGUAAAGCAAUCACUGGCGAACAGCCAGACACAUCCCGCGAUGGUAACGAGGUACUAACUAAG